GCUUUUAUAGAGCAGAUGGUAUGACUUUAUGCUCAGGGCUUUUGCGAAUUGGAAGACUGAGAGAAUGUCCUUCCAAUUUCUGGACUUUGACGACCCAGCGUCUCAAAACGAUUCCGAUUGCAGUGGCGGUGAGAGUGAUACCUCCGGCAUUUCUGGGGGUGACUCCAAUGGCAGCGGGAAGAGCUCAUUAAACCGAAGAUCAAAUCGAAAACGCGUGAGGGCCAGCCGGCGGUCGUUCGAUCGGGCGUCUUGCGAGCGUGACGAUACAUCAGAUGACCAGUCUAGGGAGGGUGUAUUCGGAAAUACCAAGCGCCACCAGCUUCACCAUCCAAGGAAAGAUCGGUUCCGGUCGCCGUCACCAUUCCAGGGAUGGGAAGAUGGAAUUGAUAUAACACCUCCAAGCCAGUCCCAGUCGAGCGAGAAAGAGACGGACAGCCAAUUGCCAUAUAGCGAGGGACAAGAUAGCCAAUCUGAUGUCGAUUGGGAAUCACUUCUCUGUGAAGAUGUCGAGAUGUUACCCGAGUCAAACUGGGAGGCAGACUUUCUCGCCCAUCAAGCACAAAUAAUGGCAUGCUCUGGCUAUCGAGGUCUACAACAUAACGAGUUGAUUGACGACAAUGGAGAUGAGCCAUGGCACCCAUAUGACCCGGAGAGUAUGAUUUUGGACGGCCACAUGGAGCUUCACAUCGAUUCAACCAAGGACAAACUAGAAGGAGACAAAAUCAUUUGCUACGGAGUGAUCCAUAAAGUGGGUGUGAAAGUACUCGAGCAAGCUCGCAAUGCUUUACAACGACUUAAGUCAGCGCAGAUCAUUUCCGAAUCUCUCAGUGAACGGAAAAUUUAUCUUUUCAAUAUUUCGCGGGAAGAUAAAUUGUUUCUAUUGCAACCUCCCAUAGCCUCAGAUAAAGACUUUUUUCAUUUCAACAACAUCGCGGUAUUAAAUAAAGGACACUCUGAAAUACUCUCCGAACUAGCUCCGUUUUGCAAAUUCGAAGUUUAUUCGUCUUCCGCUGACUGGGAUUUGGUCGCAAACGGGACUGCAUCUAUCGACAAGCAAACGUUCCUUCUCACUGAUGUGAUUAUUUACGGUCCAAAAAGAUGUCUAGAAGAAGUGGGGAAGCUUCUGGACGACAAGAAGGUAUUCCUACAAGAACCUGAUUAUCGGGAUCCAAAUCUUGGUUAUAUCAAUCCUCAUAUAUUGGAUCUCAGUGCUGUCCAUCCAGAACCACAGGGUGAGGCUGAUUCGAUGUCUUCAUUCUUGCUGGAGAUUGGACUCCAAAAUGAGCUCGCGUGGCAGAUAGCCACACCUCAGUCACUCGUGAAGGAAAGAAUUGCAACAGCAUUCAAGAAUAUGACGCGGGCUCAGAAUUUGAAACGAAUAGCUGCUGACAUCAGAAUUCGUACCAUUCUUAAACCGUAUCAAGAGGAGGCUUUGGAUUUCAUAAUGCAAAGAGAAAGCGGCCCUGUUCCAGAAGAGUAUUGCCUUUGGAAAUCAAAGCAAGUUCAAAAUGGUAUCUCAUACAAGCACGCGAUCACCGGCUGUGAUAAACCGGAGAAGCCCGUGGAAACAGGAGGUGGUAUUCUAGCCGAUGAAAUGGGGCUUGGGAAAACUCUCACAAUGCUUUCAGCCAUGAUUCGUACCGCAGAUAAAGCGAAAGAGUUUGCGAGUAGUUCAUAUCAUGAUACGAAUUUAGGAACACAGCAUUCACUGAUCCCAUCCAGGGCGACUCUGGUCGUUGUGCCUUCUCCAUUACUCCUCAACGAAUGGAUGCAAGAGAUCAAAUUACAUUGUGACGGCUCUUCCAAAAUCAUCAUCUAUCAUAGUCAUGGCAGAGAGGGAAAUUCUAAAGCACUUGCUGACUCUGAUAUUGUGUUGAGUACCUAUCACACUAUAUCCCAUGAAUCAGGCGAUAAGAAUAGCCCUCUAUGGCAGAUCAAAUGGUUCAGAGUUAUUCUGGAUGAAGCACAUAUUAUCCGCCGGAUUUCAACAAGACUGUUCAAGGCCAUGAACAAACUCCGAGCAAAGCUCUAUUGGUGCUUAACUGGAACACCAGUACAGAAUAGCUUGGAGGAUCUUGCUGCACUACUCUCCUUCAUUCGCGCUUCGCCACUCGACGAUCUAGUCAAAUUCCGGAAGCAUAUCAUUAUACCCUUAACCAAAGGCUCAGAAAAUGGAGUAGAGAACCUACGGCAACUACUCGAUUCUGUCUGCCUUCGCCGGACCAAGCAACUGCUCCAUCUUCCCGAGGCCAUUUUCGAACUUCAGCAAUUGCGUUUCUCGGCAAAGGAAGAACAACAAUACAACGACACAAGAGACAAGCUAGUGAAACUGAUCCACAAAAAUGGCCUAAAAGCCAAGAAUGAAAAGGGAUACCUUGGGGUCCUCCAGCUUCAACUGCAGCUACGUCGUCUAUGUAAUCAUGGCACUUUCCAGAAACCUUCGCUAGGAGCUGAUGAGUUUGAUCCCGAACAAGCAAUCGCGCUUCUAAAGAAACAGAAAAUUGCGAAGUGUGAGGCCUGCAGUGUAGAUAUCACGGGUAUUCAAGGCAUCGAGGAAACUCGCAAUGGAAUUUUCACCGUCUGCGGGCAUCUGCUUUGCAUGAAGUGCGUCCCCAAGAUGAAAGUGGCGUUAAAGCUGGCGGAUGGAAGAGACGGCUGUUUCCAGUGCUCAAUAUGCCCUGAAAUUGUGUUUGGGGGCUAUCUUGUUGGUGAAGAAGUUGCAGCAAAGUCAUCUAGUGGUGGAAGCAAAAGCCUCUCUGCUUGGCAUUACUUUGACAAAGAAGGUUGCUCAACCAAGGUUUCUGCUGUCGUUGCUGAUAUUGAGCAUCACCAAACGGAGGGAAAGAGUAUAAUAUUCUCCUGCUGGACUAGAUCACUAGACCUCAUUGAGAUUUUCUUCAAAUCGCGGAAAAUCCCCUUCGUCCGAAUAGAUGGCUCUCACUCUUUGGCGCAGCGGAAAUGGAUUCUCGAAAACUAUCAGAAAGAUCCAGCAGUCAAAAUCUUACUCAUGAGCACGGGAACUGGCGCCGUGGGAUUGAAUCUUACUGUCGCAAAUUGUGUAUACCUGCUCGAGCCACAAUGGAAUCCAAUGGUCGAGAAUCAAGCUAUUGCUCGGGUCUUACGUCUCGGCCAGACAAGAAAUGUAAGAGUAGUCCGCUAUAUUAUGAAAGGCACAGUGGAAGAGAAAGAAAUGCGAAGUCAACAGAUACGGAAGUUAGAAUAUGCCAAGGUAGGGUGGAAAGAGGAAGAACAAAAGUAGAGCAGAGAAUGCAAGGGCUCAGCUCUGCCGACAGUAUCUUUGUAAGUUGGGUAUCGAGCAUAUCACAAAUAGAAAACUUGUACUGUGGACAGCGGCAGGAACAGAACUUGACGCAAAACUACCCUCAAAUUACACAUUAACUUUGAAAUUAGCAUCUGAAGCAGCCGAUAAAGUAGAUUAUGCUCAGGGGAGAUCAUCUUCGGUGCCCUUUAGCGAAUUGUUUGGAACACAGCG